GGUCGGCCACGGCUUUUACUCCCGAGCUCUACCUGCAGUUAAGGUGUCCCUCCCGGAGGGAGGCAGCAUGGCUCAAGCUUUCGUCGACAGCAAGAUCCAGCCUGGGAAGGUGGUCGUGUUCAUCAAGCCCACCUGCCCCUACUGCAGAAAGACUCAGGAGCUUCUCAGCCAACUGCCCUUCAAACAAGGGCUUUUGGAAUUUGUUGAUAUCACAGCCGCCGGUGACACCAGUGAGAUUCAGGAUUACUUGCAGCAGCUCACCGGAGCCAGAACGGUACCUCGCGUCUUCAUCGGUCAAGAGUGCAUAGGUGGAUGCACUGACCUAGUAAAUAUGCAUGAGACAGGGGAACUGUUGACACGGCUAAAGCAAAUUGGAGCUCUGCAAUAAUUAGAGCAGAGCAGACCCAGGCUGAUAUCCCCCUUGGGGACAGGAUGGCAUUGCAGAUAAUGACAGUUCCUGGAGAAUGGACCUGGGGCGACUGUACCCAGUUACAGCACCUGUUUACUUAAAAUUCUAAAAUAUGUUAACCUCAAUAAAAGGGGAGGGAAGUCAACAGCUUCUUUUGACUCAGUAUUAAAAAGGGACCAACUUGCCCAAAAUAACAGGUCUGAGCAGUCUGAUGGAUGUCUCAGGUUUCUUGUGGAUUGGCCCUUUGGGUUCCCAGGGACCAUGACAAGAUAUGCUUAGGAUUCACUCAUUGACCCAAAAGAUGGUCCUUCUCUUUGGCACAUGUUCUUACCAAGUGUUCUCUUCAAGCUGGGAUGCCUCUACCUCUAACGCCAGUGUUUCUCAACCAAGUGUAUCUCAGGCACCCAAGCAUGAAGCUAGAGUUGGUUUUCUACUACUGCCUGAAAAUUAUUUUCUUGAGUCUGACUUUCUAGAAUUUGUAUUAUGAAAUCAACAGGCAUUCUGAAUGUGCUUUUUCAAAAGGUGUCUUCCCAGGCCACCAUCUCCACCCCACCCACCCCACCCCUUCCGGCUUCGAGAGUCACUGCUGUGAACCUCUGCCCUGAACCCUGACAACUCACAGAUCUCACAGGAAAUGUUUGACAGUUCUCUCUGUUCUGUCUCUCAAUCUGAGAGAAACCACGUAAAAAGUUAAGCACGGUUGGCCUUCGCUUUCUGCUACAGGGAUCAAAGGUCUAAAUGUAGGUGCGGUGAUCAUACGGCAACACUGUUAGGUCAGAUGGUGUCCAGGGAAUCCUGAACAAGUGUGUAUUGUUUAGAUGACACACAGAAGGAAAACAAACAUUUAAAUGUUACAUAGAAAACCUGUAUCCUCCUCCCCCAAAAAGUAUGUCUGUGAAAAUAGCCAAAUUUGGGAAACACUGUUCUAGAUGAUUUUCUGUUUCUCCCCCUUUUCCCCCUCCAUAAGAACUUAAGAUUUCCUUAUUGUGAAGGAUUCUACAAUUGCAAUAUUAAGUUAAUCUCUUUCUGUAGAUGCAAGUAUGAAUGGUUAAUUUCUUCUCUAUUAAAGAAGUACCCAUGGAUCACACAGUGAUUUUUGACCAAUUCUUUGUUCUCAAGACUUUAAGGAGUGUCAUAAAUGCAAAAUAAAGCAAUUUCAGGUGUUUUUUUUUUUUCACAUCCGUCCCCCCUGCCAUUAUAAAUAAAGGCACAUGUUAUUGUCUUUCACUGAG